AUGAACCUUGAAAGCAGACUCAGUGAGUGUUUGAACGAUGUUUUGAGAACCGCAGGGUACAUGUUUGAGAUCAUCAACAAGAAUAAGAAACAAAGUAACUUCAUCACGGGGACGAACAAUCAAUUGAUUCCCCCUAUUAUAACUGCUCAACUAGGAAGUAGUAUAAGUAAGUUUGAUGAUGUUCUAGAUGAAACCAUGGGGAAAUUCGAUGACGCUAAGUGGUGUAUUGACUCUAUGGUUGAAAGCAAGCAGAAACAGGUGGAGAUGAGGAAAGAAGAGGAAGAAAGACAAAGAAGGUUGAAGGAAGAAGAAGCUAAGAAGGAAGAGGCUAAGAAGGAAGAAGCCAAGAAGGAAGAAGAGAGACAAAAGAAACUCGAAGAAGCUCGUAAAGAAGAGGCUAGAAAGGAAGAGGCUAGAAAGGAAGAAGCUCGUAAAGAGCAAUUGAAGAAAGAGAAACCUGAAGAAAAGAAAGAUGAUUUUGAUUUCAUGCAAUUCGAUUUUAUGAACGACGUUAACAAUGAUAUUCCUAACCCUUCGGAUAUUUUAUCAUCCAUAGAUUACUUGGAUUUGAACCCAGAGAAGAAACAGGAACCUCCAGCAGGAAAUACUAGUGAAGAGAAGAAGGUGGAAGAUUUGGAUAUCAACAAUAUAUUAGGGAACAACGAUUCUAUAUUGGAUGGAUUGAAUAUGAGUUUAUUGGAUGAACAGCCUCAGGAUAUCAAUGUGGAAGAGGAUUUCGAUGUGGAUAAUUUUUUGAAUCAGUUCGAUAAUUAG